UACGUAUGAUAUCUAGCAUGCCUUUAUCUAAGACUAUGUAGAAUAGUUGGACACCGGCACGAUGAGGAGUGGAGAACUAUCAGGAAUGGUGUUGGCUUUUGUAUUUCUAUUUUGCCAUCUCAGUUUUGCCGAGAGUGAGCAGCAGCUACACCGAUUAAAAUCAUCUGAGCAGCAGUUACGCCGAUACUUGUUUUCUGACUUGGCAGGAAAUGGAAGUAGUUGGGCCAGCUGUGGCCAAUGUUUACAUGGUUCAUGCUCAUACGGAACAUAUAAUGGCCAUUUCACCAGGGUUUGUAGAUGUCAUGACGGAUGGACAGGAGAUGCUUGUGAUAAACAUAUAGCUGACGAUGGACGAUGUCGCCGUGCUUCAGACUGUACCACAGUGACAUGUAACCAAGGUGAUAAAGUAGUAUGUUACCUCAACACAGUAUGCGCAUGUGUUCCAGAAAGAAGUGGACACUCUAUCAAGGACAGGAAUAUGCACUCAAUGCAGCCUAUGUCUAUGUCUAGCCAGUCACAUUGUGGACAACACCAUUGUAUUCAUGGUUCAUGCCACUACAGUCAGCAUAAUGGCGUAGAGUAUUACCGUUGUACAUGUAAACAUGGGUGGACAGGGAACGCAUGUGAUACAUGGAUAGGAAACACAGAUAUGACAGGAAACCAUGGUUCUAGUCAGGCCAACUGUGGACUUCACCAAUGCAUACAUGGGGACUGUUCCUAUAGCAUGCAGAAUGGCAUUGAGUUUUAUCACACUUGUAAAUGUCAUUAUGGAUGGACAGGGGACGCUUGUGAUAAAUCGACAGCUGCACAGACGACCCAGAGUUCUAUUGUUCAUCAACAUCAUUACUAUGACCCCGCGUGUAAUAACCAUGGACAAAUGACGUCGUCGGGAUGCAACUGCCAUGACUCAUGGUCGGGCGAUAUAUGUCAAUAUCCACCUGGAUCAGGGCACUAUGAUUACUGUCAUCAACACUGUGCACAUGGGGCAUGUGUCGGAUACAAUGGUAACAAUGGCUAUUAUUACAACUGUAAAUGUGACCACGGCUGGCAUGGUUCUUAUUGUACGCAGGAAUAUGCACCACAUGGGACGAUACAAUGUCACAAUACUUACUGUGUUCACGGGACUUGCGGGUAUCAUUACGAUCAGUCUGGGCAUCGGUGGAAUUACCAUUGUGUCUGUCAUCAUGGAUGGGAUGGCAAGCACUGUGAUCAACAAUUAACAAGUAAGUACCCAAUGACUUAA